UUUUGCAAAGUAUCUGCAAUGACGCCGAGGCCAUAGAGACAGUCUCAAAGUUGAUAACUGUGCUGUACAGUCCAUACAUACCCACGGCAUCCAUGCAUGGAGUGUGCUAUAUCAAGACGAGAUCAUCUCCUGGCUCACGCACCCGUGAAAGCUCUGGUUCUUUGCUCAUCGAGCUGGCGACGAAAGCAGCCCGAAAAAGACCAGGCAACCUUGCCAGGCUUACAAAAAUUAUAUCUCGUCUACAUCUGGCGUCAGUUUCGCGGUUGGCAAACGCAGUGUCCGUCCUCACAUAAGGUGAUCCAUGUCACGUACUUCGCUCGGCAACCCAUCGGCACUCUACCCAUCUCGAUGGCAAUCCGACAUGGCAGCCAGACCUUUGAAGCGCCCUCGCCGAUCAAACGGCCUGCCGCGCCUACCAAGCGACAUAGACAACGCAGUCGCUGCCUUGGGCGGGAAAACCCACGCAACCGACCUCGCAAACAGCACCAUACAGUCUCAGAAGGCACCAGUCAGUAAGGAGAAACGUCUGGAAGAACUCGUGAGAGACUCCGGUCGCCUCAGGCAAGAACUUGACUAUUGGAAAAGCUUGGCUCUCACAGGAACCGCCUUCAUGUCCGAUGUCGAACAAGUUGUGGUACAGCUUCGAGAUGUUUGCAGUCGUUUCGAGAGCGUCAUGAAUGAGACAAACACCAUGCCUGCGGAGGGAAGAUUGGGCUCUGGCUAUCCGUCCAAAUGUCGAAAGAGGGAAGACGUGGAGGUACAGGAUGGUGACGAACCAGACUCGCCAUUAGUAGAGGAUGAUCUUGACGUGCUCUUGGCUCCCGUCAGGCGGGGUCGAGAAGGCUAUGACUUUGAGGCCGUCAAGCCAGAGUUGAAGCGGAAGCAGCCACACAAUCCCGGAGGUUGGCUCUGAUAAGAAGCGCACAUGGCCUGCACCGGGAUUCGCCGGGUCCAUCUUCAUCCUGUGAUGUCAUAUAGAGGAAAAGAGAAUCCAUGCCCAUGCACACAAACAUAUCACCGCUG